UAUUUGUCUGACCAGCAGCGUCAGUUUUUGGGCUGUCCCUUCUCCCUCUGGACUCUGAGGAGUCCCGCCUCCUGUGCGUAAAAAGAGCCGAGACGCGCUUUUUACGCACAGAGCAGAAGGUGCUGAAAGCGCGACAAGAUGCAGGAGAACCGGCUCCCGAACUUUCGCCUCUUUAAACCAUGUUCAUGUGCAGCUGUGACUUUGUAAAAGACUCGARCCUCCGGGCUGAAGACAUGGAGGGUUUCAACUCCUCCAAGGUGCUGCGCAAAAUGAACCCAAGCCAAGGCACCGUGUCUGUUGGAUUCCCCAUCACCAUGAUGGUCACGGGCAUGGUGGGCAACUCUUUAGCCCUUGUUCUGGUGUUUAUAUCUUACAGGAAGAAGGAAAAUAAGAGGAAGAAAUCUUUCUUGCUCUGUAUUGGUUCUUUGGCACUGACUGACCUGUUCGGACAGGUUCUGACCACYCCGGUGGUCAUCUCAGCCUACCAGGCUGGGCUGCACUGGGAUAUAGUGGAUCCAUCUGGUAAACUGUGUACUUAUUUUGGUGUCUGUAUGACAACCUUCGGUCUGUGCUCCCUGUUCUUGGCCAGUGCCAUGGCCAUAGAAAGAGCCAUGGCCAUAACGAACCCGCACUGGUACUCGAACCACAUGAAGACGCGCGUGACGAAGCAGACCCUGGCGGUCAUCUGGUGCUUCGGGCUGCUCUUCGCGCUGCUGCCGCUCGCGGGAGUCGGGGAGUACGCGGUGCAGUGGCCGUACACCUGGUGCUUCAUCAACACGAGGAGCGAGGACCGCGGCGGCGCGUUCUUCGCCAUCACCUUCGCGGUCCUGGGCAUCUUCUCUCUGCUCGUGACCCUGUCCUGCAACGUCAUGACCAUCCGGGGUCUGAUCCUCCGCUGCAAAACCAAGACCAAGUCUCAGUCCUCCAAACAGUGGGAGCGUCUCACCACGGAGACGGUCAUCCAGCUGCUGGGCAUCAUGUGCGUCCUGCUCAUCUGCUGGUCUCCUCUGCUGGUCCUGUUGCUGAAGAUGAUCUACAACAAUCUGUCCUCCGUUGCGUGUAACUCAACAAUCUCCAAAACCAGCAGCACAAACCAGGAAGUCCUUCUGGACUGUAACGUGUUCCUGACGGCCAUACGGCUAGCGUCCCUCAACCAGAUCCUGGACCCGUGGGUCUAUCUGCUCCUCAGGGAGAUCCUCCUGAGGAAGUUCUGCAUCAUGGCCAACGCCGUCUCUAACUGCUCCGUGGAGGAGCAGAAAGAUACGCAGACCGCUCUGGACACCGUUAACAAGCAGACUCAGGACGGCAACAACCUUUUAAAACUGCAAAGUAACUAAGUCAGGCUUUGACUGUAWCCACUGAGGACUCUCAGACCAAAAGGCUAAAAACAACAACAAAGGAAUGGUUGACCUUUUAUACCAGGAUUAAYGGGAUCCAGCUGCUCCGCACGUUUAUUUUGUUUACAACACGUUCCAUUCAGAGCUAACCAGCCUGCAUGUGGCUGCCGAGCGGCCGCCAGACAUUUCUCAUCGACAAKUUUAAUCCCAACUUCUGCCGGAGCCAGCAUCAGAAUAUUUGGGAGGCUCAGACUGCCAAGAGGUGUCCUCAGCUACUGAAGACUUUUUAUAUGAAUGUUUCCAUAAAAGUGCUUCAAUUUUGUUAUAAAUAAGUUUUCGCCCAUAAAAAAAAACAGAAAAAAGCUCUAAAUCUGAGCAGUUGUUGAUUGUACUGUUAUUUAUUAGUCUGUAUUAUAGUUGGAUGUAAUCGUUGAAAAGAGCCCGAAACACGUGGCGCUCCUCAGAAACCAGCCAGGACGAUGAAAURUGAAGCUUUAUAAUUUAUAACGUUUGUAAUUUAAACAUCCGUGGACUUGAGGUGACUAAAUCUAUGAAACUGUGGUUCAGAAGUUUGCUUACCGUCUAUUUAUUGCUUAAUGUUCUCUAAUUUAAGCAACCAAAUGAACCUUUUUUAACAAGAUAAUUAAAACUGUUUAAUUUAUAUUAAUGUGUACAUUUUGUUUUAUUCUUUUUUUUAGCUGACUUAACCCUGUGUUUAUAUUCAACACCACAAAGGGACAAAUGAUACUGUGAAGAUUGAAUUUUUUACUUUUUGUUUAAAUGAUCUAUUUAAUCAUUUUGCUCAGCGUCUGUUAUAUCUGUUCGUUUCAAGGCCSGUGCUAAUCCUGAGCACAGUUAAUUAUUCACCGGCUGCAGAGUGUAAUUUGUCAAAAUGCCUCUAAGGAAAUCAAUGUACUUUUCUGAUCAGGAAGUUUGGUGUUCCACAAUGUCGAUGUGAAACACCGGGACUGAAAACUGGAGCUCGUAUUUAAAGCUGCUGUAAAAUGAUCCGAGACACCUGAUCCRCUCUCACCACAUGGUGACGGGAUCAAGGUUUACAGGCCGUCACUUUGGCUCAUCAAAAAGGUACGGUUAGGUUAACAUGUGCCGUCUUUCCUGCUCCUGCUUGUGCCUUUUUUAACCCUGAAAAGACCCGCGGGCUCUGUGGUGAUGGCAGAAACGGUUAUCUCUCAGUGCUUCAUCUACCAAGACUAAACAAAUGUUGAGUUUUUCUUGUGUUGAUCUUGAAGAAACUAAAAGAAGCAA